AUGAAGUCUCUGUACAUGUCUACUCUCUGUGUCUCAGCUGAUAAGAGUCCGUCCUGCAGUCAGAUAUUUCCAAUCCUGAAAAAACUUGAGACCCACUUCAAACCCCGAGGUGAGGACUCUCCCUUCACGACCACACUGAAGGAGACGGUCUGGGAUGAGCUGUCGACGUCUUACAAGGUAUGUCCGACACUCUCCACCGGUGGAAAAGCUUAAUCUCAUCUUCAACCCUUAACACCUCAGAAAACAAAAAUCAUAUAAUUAUUAUUUUAAAGGUCAGAAAAAAACACAAUGAAGGACAAACCUUUAAAAAUUAACAAAAGUGUGCAAUCAAGAAGCUGUUAUUGACUUCAACCUGCAGGGAAAAUCUGGCCAAGACAUCAGAAAAAAAAUAUAUAUAAAACUCGAAUGAGUAAAUUACAAUCCUCUGAAAAAAUAGAAAGGGGUUUAAAGUAAACAACUUGAUCCCUGACACCUCAGAUCAUUUUGGAGACUUGGUCAGAACAACAGAAUCCCAUAUUUGAAGAUAAAUACGUACCUCUGAUCAGAUCUUGCAGAACAAAACAUGCAAGUGUUGACUUUCCUCUUUUUGUUUUUAUCAGAAAUAAUCUGAACUUAUCUGUGGUUUUUGGGUCUGUCUACUUGAUUUCAGGAUGGUGAUACCUGGAAGUUCCUUCAAGAGUCGAGCGCCAUGGAUCCAAGGUUCAAGAACAGCAUCGACUCAGAGGAGAUCUGGAACAGAGUGAAAAAUGCUGCGAUUAGAGCUUCAACCUCAAGAGAGGUACUGUCUUCUCCUCAGUCAUUUUAUACCUGAUUAUAAUCAACAUUUUCAUGAUCUUUCAGACUCAAGUCUCUCUCUGUUGCUGUCAGCUGUCUCACGGGUCAAAGACACGAGUUUCUGUUCCUGUAAACUUAAAGAUGAUGGAAAAACUCCCUGGUCUGUUUUAACGCCUCAUGACUGAAUGUUAAUCUUGUGUUUUUCAGAUGUCAGAUCCGGAGGAGCACAGACUCUUACAGGAGGAUAGUGAUGAGGUAAUUUCACCUUUUAUUCACUCAGAACUCAAACGUUCGUCGAAUUCAAACUCUGAUUUUUGAUUCAUCUUGAAUUUUCAGACUGUGUUUCCUAAAAGGCCGAGGUUAACGGCAUUAGAGGAACUUUUUGAGGAGGAGGACAGAGCCCUGCAGAGCACUGAAGCAGCUGACAAAACCCUCUCGAUGUCUGAGAGAGUUCAGGGGGAGAUCGAUCUGUACAGAAAGCUGUUCCCACAUCACAGGACGCUCUGGCCUGGUGGUGGGAGAGACGAACCACCCUUCCUCUCCUGUCCCAAGUCUCGAACUCAUACCUUUGUGUUCAAGCAUCGUCUACUCCACUUGAGAGAGUCUUUUCAGCUGCAGGAGACACAAUCAGCCGAGAGACGUUACACGUUCUUCCAGAAAAGGUUGAUAUGCAGAUUUUUCUACAGAGGAACAGUUCGUAAACAAAGAUAA